UUGUGAAUACCUUUGGACAAUUGAUGAUAUUUAUUAUUGUACCCACAUUCUUCAAAUAAAAGAUGGGUGGAUUAUUUUCUCGAUGGAGGACAAAACCUUCAACUGUAGAAGUUCUAGAAAGUAUAGAUAAGGAAAUUCAAGCAUUGGAAGAAUUUAGAGAAAAAAAUCAGAGAUUACAAAAAUUAUGGGUUGGAAGAUUAAUUCUCUAUUCUUCAGUUCUCUAUCUGUUUACAUGUUUAAUUGUAUACUUGUGGUAUCUUCCCGAUGAGUUUACAGCAAGACUUGCCAUGACACUCCCAUUCUUUGCUUUUCCACUGAUCAUCUGGAGCAUAAGAACAGUGCUUAUUUUCUUCUUUUCCAAGAGAACAGAAAGAAAUAAUGAAGCAUUGGAUGAUUUAAAAUCCCAGAAGAAAAAAAUACUUGAAGAAGUCAUGGAAAAAGAAACUUAUAAGACGGCGAAAUUAAUCCUUGAAAGGUUUGAUCCAGAUUCAAAGAAAGCAAAGGAGUUUGAGCCGCCAUCUGCUGGAGCAGCUGUAACUGCAAGACCUGGACAAGAGAUUCGUCAGCGAACUGCAGCUCAAAGAAACCUUUCUCCAAUACCAGCAAACUCUAACCAGGGCCCUCCUUCACAAGUUCCAGUAUCUCCUGGACCACCAAAGGACAGUUCAGCCCCUGGUGGACCCCCAGAAAGGACUGUUACUCCAGCUCUCCCAUCAAAUAUGUUACCAAGACAUCUUGGAUCCCCUGCUACUUCAGUGCCUGGAAUGGGUCUUCAUCCUCCAGGUCCACCUUUAGCAAGACCCAUUCUUCCCCGAGAACGAGGUGCUCUGGAUAGAAUUGUUGAAUAUUUAGUUGGUGAUGGUCCACAGAACAGGUAUGCCCUUAUUUGUCAGCAGUGUUUUUCUCAUAAUGGCAUGGCUUUGAAGGAAGAGUUUGAAUACAUUGCUUUUCGAUGUGCCUACUGUUUUUUCUUGAAUCCUGCAAGAAAAACCAGACCCCAAGCUCCAAGACUUCCAGAGUUUAGUUUUGAGAAGAGGCAGACAGUGGAAGGCUCAAGUUCAGUUGGUCCCUUGCCAUCAGGAAAUAUGCUUUCAUCAGAGAACCAGUUUAGUGAAGAAUCUUUAGAAGAACAAGAUGUUCUUGACAAUGAUACAGAGCAGACAGAUGACAAAACAUCAGCCACAGAGCAGACAAAUGAAGUGAUUGAAAAAGCAUCUGGCUCAGAGGAACCAGAAGAGAAACAAGAAGAGACUGAGAAUGAGGAAACCUCAAUGAAUGAAGCCAAAUCAACAGUUUCCAGAGAUGACUCUAUUCCUAAUCCUGAACUAAGUGGAGAAUCUUUGAUGGCAAAGUAGUAAAUGCUUCCAUGUGCCUUCAACUGGAUAUUUAUAGUCUUGUUGAUGUCAGUUAUUCAGUUAUUGCUUUUUAUGCGGUACACUUCCCCCCCCCCGCCCCCCCGCCUUGGGCCCUCUAAGGAUAUGCUUGGUAUCAUUUGAAUUCAAGUUUCCUAGCUAUUUGAACAUGUUAAAGUUUUAUCUACUGGGUAUUAAAAUUAAAAGCAAGUGGUAUCAGUGAAGUAAGAUCCUUUUGAAUGUGCAAAGACUCACACUAUUUAGACAGCUUUUAGAUAUUUUUUGUCUAUUCUAAAUAUGAACAAACAUGACUUUCUUGUUUUCUAUAUGUAUAACAUGUAAAUACUCAUUUUGACAUAGGAAGAACUUUGGUUAGGAAUCAGUUCUCUAAUAGUGUUUGUUUUAAGGAAUGAAACAAUUAAGAUUUUGAAUACUUCAUUAUUAAAAUUGGAUAGAAUUUUAACUCUUAAGAUAUUUGCUGGGGGGGGGGAAAUGUCUAUUUAGGUGUUUACAUUAAACUAAGUGGUAUGAAAGUUGUAACUGCAACUACAUAGGCAUUGGUAUGAAUUCUCAAUAAGAAUGCAAUUUAACAGUCAAGUGCAGUAUUCCUUUUUGAUAUCUUUUAUUUUGCAGCUGGGCCAAAGGCACAUGAUGUAUAUAAUUAGUUUAUGUUUACAUAGUAAAAUAUAGGAAAUAUCUCUGCACUAGACUGUACUUGAAUUCUGAGCAUUAUUUAUACUUGUAAAAUGAUGAUAUAUAAGUGAA